AUGCGUAGACAAGGACAGCCGGGUGAUGUGGAGGAGGAGUCGUGCAGCGAUGAUGAUGGGAGUUUCGGUUUGGUGGAAGGGAUUGGCGAAGAGGAUGAGGAGGGACGUGAUGAUCGCGAUACCGUGACAUAUGGUGGGGCGCUGAUCGAGGUGUUUGCAAGGGUUGAGAGGGCAGCAGGAAAGGGGAAGACAGCCGGGGUUGGGAGGGCAGCAGGGGAUGGGAGGGCUGCAGGGGAUGGCAAGGCAGCAUGGGAUGACACUGCAGCAAGGGGGGGAAGGACAGGCGGGUGUGGGGGGGCAGCAUGGGAUGGGAGGGCAGCAGGGAAGGGGAAGACAGCCGGGGUUGGGAGGGCAACAGGGCAGUGGAGGACAGGCGGGGUUGGGAGGGCAGCAGGGGAUGGGAGGGCUGCAGGGGAUGGCAAGGCAGCAUGGGAUGACACCACAGCAAGGGGGGGGAGGACAGGCGGGUGUGGGAGGGCAGCAUGGGAUGGGAGUGCAGCAUGGGAUGGGAGGGCAGCAGGGGAUGGGAGGGCAGCAGGGGAUGGGAGGGCAGCAGGGGAUGACAGGGCAACCGGGGAGCGGAGGACAGUCGGUAAUGCGAGGGCAGCAGGGGAUGGGAGGGCAGCAGGGGAUGGGAGGGCAGCAGGGGAUGGGAGGGCAGCAGGGGAUGGGAGGGCUGCAGGGGAUGACAGGGCAACCGGGGAGCGGAGGACAGUCGGUAAUGCGAGGGCAGCAGGGGAUGGGAGGGCUGCAGGGGAUGGGAGGGCAGCAUGGGAUGGCCAGGCAGCACGGGAUGACAGGGCAGCAGGGGAGCGGAGGACAGGCGGGGUUGGGAGGGCAGCAGGGACUGGGAGGGCAGCAGGGGAUGGCCAGGCAGCACGGGAUGACAGGGCAGCAGGGGAGCAGAGGACAGGCGGGGUUGGGAGGGCAGCAGGGACUGGGAGGGCAGCAGGGGAUGGCCAGGCAGCACGGGAUGAAAGGGCAGCAGGGGAGCGGAGGACAGGCGGGGUUGGGAGGGCAGCAGGGACUGGGAGGGCAGCAUGGGAUGGCCAGGCAGCACGGGAUGACAGGGCAGCAGGGGAGCGGAGGACAGGCGGGGUUGGGAGGGCAGCAGGGACUGGGAGGGCAGCAGGGGAUGGCCAGGCAGCACGGGAUGACAGGGCAGCAGGGGAGCGGAGGACAGGCGGGGUUGGGAGGGCAGCAGGGACUGGGAGGGCAGCAGGGGAUGGCCAGGCAGCACGGGAUGACAGGGCAGCAGGGGAGCGGAGGACAGGCGGGGUUGGGAGGGCAGCAGGGACUGGGAGGGCUGCAGGAUACGAGAGGCCAACUUGGGUCCCAGGAAGCGUUACAAGGGCAUAA